UGAAAUUGCUAGAUUUUCUUUUCGCGAUGCUCCUACAGUGAGAGGGACUGAGAGUGAAUGAACUGAAGCUUUGGAAGAACACAAUUUGGCACUUUGCUUGCUCAUAUUUACAUGUUCUAUAUAUUUAUAUUUUCUUCUUAUGCUCGUAAUAAUAAUAAUAAAUAGAGAACCUUAAAAAUGCAAGUAAUUCGAUCUUCAUUACCCUCUCCAAUUCUUCAAUGUUGUUCACUCUCGAGUUCUAGGGGUAAGUUUAAAGAUUUAGUUGUAAAAUGCUCCAUUGACUUUAAACACUCAGCUUCAGGAAAUGUCAUCCCAAAACAUAUAUUAUCUGGGCUUGUAGCUUCUUGCAUAUUCUUCUCACAAGCCAAUUUGGUGUAUGCGGCAGAUCUUCCAUGGCAAAAUAGUAUGUGUCAGCUUGCUGAUGUCUCGAGCAGUCAGGUCCCUUUACCACUUGACGAGAAUGCUAAUGGCGAAAAGGGGAAGGUUGUGAUGAUGAUGAUGAGAGGUAUGACGGUUAAUAAUUUUGAUCCAGUUCGAUAUGCUGGUAGAUGGUUCGAGGUAGCCUCUCUUAAACGAGGAUUUGCUGGACAAGGUCAGGAAGAUUGUCAUUGCACUCAGGGAAUAUACACAUUUGAUAUGGCCGCUCCUGCAAUACAAGUUGAUACAUUCUGUGUACAUGGGGGUCCCGAUGGUUAUAUCACUGGUAUUAGGGGAAAGGUUCAGUGCCUCUCAGAAGAGGAUAAAGAACUGAAACAAACCGAUUUGGAAAGACAAGAGAUGAUCAAAGAAAAGUGUUAUUUGCGUUUUCCUACUUUGCCGUUUAUACCAAAGGAGCCUUAUGAUGUCAUUGCAACUGAUUAUGAUAACUAUGCAAUUGUCUCAGGAGCCAAAGACAGAAGUUUCGUCCAGAUAUACUCGAGAACGCCUAACCCUGGUCCAGAAUUUAUUGAGAAGUACAAAUCUUACCUAGCUGACUUUGGAUAUGAUCCGAGCAAAAUCAAAGAUACUCCACAAGACUGCCAAGUUAUGUCAAAUACUCAACUGGCGGCAAUGAUGUCCCAAUCGGGAAUGCAACAGGCUCUAAACAAUCAGUUUCCUGACCUCGAAUUAAAGGCUCCUGUAGCGUUUAAUCCAUUCACGAGUGUCUUUGAGACAUUGAAGAAGCUUCUUGAACUUUACUUCAAGUAGGAUUGGUGGUUGAAGAAGUUUCUUGUUGGUGUACAUGUCUUCUGUAUAAACCACACUAAAACCCUUCAUCCUUGACUUCCUUGUAUCUGAUUAUAUAUUUGAAUUUGUAUCCGAGUUGAGCUUAUUUUUUACACCGAGUCCAUGUUAAAUGUAACGACUACUUGUUACUGUUUUGGUAUUUUUGUAUCUGUCAAAACAGUUGUAACGUGCAUAAUUAACAUAAUUAUGCUAAUGUUGUCAGAUCCAACCGUCCGGUGGUCUCUAAUCCUUUAAAAACGGCUUUUUAAUUCUCCAAAAGGAUUCAUCUCUCAAUC